UCCACUGUCUAUGCCCUAAUUUUGACUUUUCAUGUCCCAAAUCCCUAAUUUCAAAAUUUCAGGUUAACCAAAGCUGAGCAGAAGUAACCGAGAUUUCAUUCAAAUUUCUGCAACAAAUUUCCUGUCAUGGCAUUUCUAUUUCAGAAGUUUCAAGAGGCAGUCAAGGUGCUUGCGAAAAGUCCUACGUUUGCUAAGCAAGGAAGGCAACUUCAAUUUGAAGCGGAUAUGAACAAACUUUUCCUUUUUACAAGCUACAACCGCUUGGGUAAAAAUGCAGAAGAAGCUGAUGCAGAUGAAAUCAUUGAGAUGGCAAGUAAAGCCAAUCUGGAAGAGCAACAGAAGCAAGUUCAAGAAAACAUUCACGAACAAAUAAGUACUUUCUGCAAGUAUAUGGAUGACAUUCUUCGUCCUGAUCCACGGAUGUCGAACACUCCUAACUCAUCACCGGAAGCAAAAACUGCCCCUCGACGUAGUGGUCUAGGUCUUGCUGUCGGCAGGACCACGCCAAUGGAUCGUAAUCCCAGCAUGGCUGUGCCAGAAACGAAGAUGAUAAAGCGUUGUGAGGUUUCACAAAAUCUGAAGGAUCUCCUUGACUACACUCUUGAAAUCAAGCCGUCUCAAAUUCAACACAAGGAUGCUGGCCAAGGUUUGUUUCUGGAUGGUGAAGCUGAUGUGGGAGCUGUAAUAGCUUUUUACCCUGGCAUCACAUACUCGCCGGCAUAUUACAGAUACAUUCCCGGGUACCCCAGAGUUGAUUUAGAGAACCCUUAUUUGAUCACAAGAUAUGAUGGAACAGUGAUAAACGCGCAGCCAUGGGGUACUGGUGGUGAAGCUCGUGAAUUGUGGAACGGGUCAGGUUCUCCACAGGCUGGGUUGAAUGCUGAAGGUGGUUUAGAUGGCUCGGAUCGGAUGUGGAAGCUGCUCAGUAAACCACUAGAUGGCUCCAAAGCUGGGGGUACAGGAGCUGUUCUCGAAAGGAGACAUCCACUUGCUUUCGCUCAUUUCGCCAACCAUCCAUCAAAGGAUUUGUUCCCUAAUGUAAUGGUAUGCCCCUAUGACUUCCCUCUAACGGAGCAGAAUAUGAGAACCUACAUCCCAAAUGUCCCGUUUGGGGGCGGGCAAGAAGUAAGUAUGAAGAAGUUUGGAACCUUUUGGUUCAAGUCAUGGAAAUCAAGCAGCACCGUUGCAGAUGUUCCUGUUAUCAGGAGUCUGGUUCUAGUGGCGACAAGGGCCAUCUCGAAUGAAGAGAUUCUCCUCAACUAUAGGUUGAGCAACGCGAAGCGCCGGCCUUCGUGGUAUACCCCUGUCGACGAGGAUGAGGAUCGAAGAAGAUGGAGCUAAGCGAAGUGUCUCAGUUGAUUCAAUCAUUCAUUUAAAGUUUGUAGUGUGAGGGAGGUUUCUCAGCAGAGCAUUAAUUCUUAUUUCCUCAUUUUGGAUUUUGAUCAAGUUUCGCUCUUCACUAGUUCUGGGUCUGCUUGUGUUGGUAUGGCAGAGCCAUUCACCACAUUAAACCUUUCUAUGCAAAGAGCACACUAGAUACAUUUAUUGUUGUGAAAUUACCUUAUAUUUGGGAUUUAAAGAAUAAAUUUAUACUACUACUA